AUGCCACAAAAAAUUUCUUAUUUGGGAUUUAGGCAUACCUCUUCCGGUGGGCAGCGGAAACAGCUCGUCCACGGUUGCCGGAAUCCGCCAAUGAGCCAGCUGGAGUGGGUGGAGGAGUUGCAAAGGAAGAAUGGUGAUGGCAUUGUGGUUAAGGGCCGAGCUUAUGGAAUCCGAAGUAUUCGGGUAGAUGGAAACGAUGCUCUUGCCGUUUAUAGCGCAAUUCUCAGAGCUUCUGAAAUAGCCAUAACUGAGCAGAGACCUAUACUAGUUGAGGCCCUUACCUAUAGAGUGGGACACAAUUCCACUUCAGAUUAUUCGACAAAGUAUCGAACCGCCGAUGAAAUCGAGUACUGGAAAAUGGCGAGAAACCCUGUUAACAGAUUUAGAAAAUGGGUGGAAAGAAAUGGCUGGUGGAGUGAUGAAGCUGAGACCGAGCUCCGGAGCAGGAGCAGUGUAAAGAAGCAGUUAUUGCAGGCAAUUCAAGUUGCAGAAAAGACAGAAACCUCCAAUUGCUGA